UUAGCCAUGAGGAUCGUUGUUAGAUUUUUUACUGUUUUGGUGGCAAUAAUUUUUCCGAAUUGGGUCUGCACUACGAAGAUGGAAAAUUAUUUCGAUCUCGAUUGGCAACUCAUGACAGAAUUGAAAAGCUAUUCUGAGGAACUGCAAGGCCAUAUAAGUGUGUUAAAUCGCUAUAUAGAUGAUAGAAAAUCUGAACUAGCUAAAGUGGGAAACGAUCGUGAAAAAUAUUUGGGCAAUCCUAUUAAUAGCUACUCUUUAUUGCACCACUUGCACUUUGAUUGGCCAAUUUGGAGAAAACUAAUGGUGAGGCCUUUGGCUACAGAGCAAGUCGGCGAGAUUCGAGAGUUACUUUCCAAGAUUCCAACGAAAGGUGAAUACAUGGAUUCGAUCAAGGAAGCUAUAGAUUUUCAAAAACAGGAAGACGAUUAUGUGAAUUCGAACGAAGGAAUUAUAGGACAGGAAAGUGAAGUUCUAGAAGAAGGUGCUCUGUUUAGUCCAAUGGAAUCCCUGGAAAUCGCUCAGUAUGCGUACGACCAGGAAAACUAUGAGCAGGCAGAAGACUGGCUUAAUACUACUCUCAAUGGUUAUAAAAAUCUCGACCAUGAGGAAAGGGAAGUUUAUAAAGUUAUAAUCCCUGUUAGCGAGAGUCAGGUGCAGGAUCUUUACGAAAAAGUGAAGAAAAUUAAUAGGAGGCUGCUCGGUUUGGUCUUCGCUUACAUAUCCCUUUCUAAGUCCGAGACUUGCCCUGCUUUAACCAUUCUUAAGUUAAUAAAUUUUCUACAGAUUAAUGUACAUUUGGUGGAGCACUUAGAUAAAUAUAUAGAGGCGUUGGAUACGAAAUUGAGAGUAAUCAACGAAGCUCUUGUCGACUUAGCGACAUAUCACAUUCAGUUUGAGAAUGACAAAUUGGGUAUUAUAUCUAGUCCAGUGGGCAGUUACUCCUUGAUACAUCAUAUGCAAUCGGACUGGACUCACUGGCAGUUUUUCGUGCAGGAGGAUCCAGGAAAAGAUGAAAUUAAAUACCUCAUAUCCAAAACAAAGUAUCUACCCGUGGAAGAGGAUAUAACAGAAGUCUGUCAGGCAAUUUUCAGCAUUAUCAACGCUUAUGAUUUGCUUCCCAGAGACAUUGCAAGAGGUUUUAUUUUAGGAAAUCGAUACAAAUACUCGUUGUCUCCUCUCGAUUGCCUUCGGAUGGCAGAUCACAGUACAGCUAUUAGGGACUUUGAGAAGUCCUCGCAGUGGCUUCAGGUUGCUAUAUCUAUACUAGAAAAUCCUAACUAUACAAAACCUCUUUCUGCAUUUCCGCACUUGAAUACCGCUGAUUUAUACCUGAAACUAGCAGAAGUUUAUGUGAGACAACGAAACUGGCAUACAGCUCUUGAGACUGUCGAAAUUGCUCUGGAGUCAAAUCCGCGAAAUGCAAAUCUGCUUAGAAUGCAAGAGCACUUAAGCUUUCAGAUUCUGCUUGAUCCGCCCUCUUCUAUGGACUUCAAUAAUGGAAAUAACAAACAAGGGUUUCAAGGAAGCAAAAGCCUUUAUUGUUUUUAUCACGCUAGGAACGGAUCUGUAAACCUUUUUCUCGCCCCGAACAAGGCAGAAAUUAUCUUCAUUGAUCCCUUGUCUGUAAUUUACCACGAUUAAUGGUCAUCCAUAGCC